AUGACCCUCNNNGUCAACAGAAAUUUCUAUGUGGACGAUGGUCUAACAUCGACGCCAACAGCCAGGCAAGCCAUCGAUCUCGUACGCGAAGCCCAAGAGGUSCUCUCUACAGCAAACCUUCGCCUGCACAAGGUGGUCUCUAAUUCUGUUGAAGUAAUGGAGGCAUUCCCUACGGCCGAUAGAGAUAAAGAUGUUCGCGAUCUCGACCACGCUAGCGACGGACUUCCAGCACAACGCUCGUUGGGAGUUUACUGGGAUCUCGGGAGCGACAGUUUCACGUUCCGACUAUCCGAAACUGCGAAGCCAUUCACAAGACGAGGAGUGCUCUCAACGAUCAACUCAGUGUACGAUCCACUYGGGAUAGCGGCACCAGUCGUAAUCAAUGGGAAACGGCUCCUUCAACAGCUCACGAUGGCUAAACAGACGGACGGUGGCCGUGUAGGAUGGGAUGACCCGCUGCCAGAAAAGCAGAUGAGCCAAUGGCAAGGGUGGAAGGACGACCUCCGAGCCCUUAGCAACGUCGUGGUUCCCAGAUGCUACCAACCUAUGGAGUUCGGAAAGAUAGCGAGGGCAGAGCUACAUGCGUUCUCUGACGCGAGUCAAGACGCAGUAGCAGCUGCAGUCUACCUCYGAGUCUUUAACRAYCAGCAAGAUGUCUCCGUGGCACUGGUGUAUGGGCAAGCCAAGGUGGCACCCAUACGCCCUACAACCAUUCCUCGACUAGAGUUGUGCGCURCUGUAAUGGCUACACAGGCAGUUUCAAAGGUGUUAAGRGAGCUAGACCUGCACAUCGACGAGCUAACAUACUACACCGAUUCACAAGUAGUGCUUGGCUAUAUCCUUAACGAGCAAAGGCGAUUCUAUGUUUACGUAGCAAAUCGUGUGCAGAUAAUCCGAAGCUUGUCCUCACCGAGUCAGUGGAGGUACGUUGAAAGUGAGCGAAAUCCUGCGGACUUAGGUACAAGAGGAAUUCCAGCUAGCARGCUACAACGGUCAACAUGGAUCACGGGCCCAGAUUUUCUCAAGAACAAGGAGGUGAUUGAAACUGCGGACACAAUUAACAUCGACAGUAGCGACCCAGAAGUACGGAAAGAAGUUAAUGUCGCAAAGACAGCAGUGGAGCCAMUUAGUCGACCACUGGGAGCAGAACGCUUUAAGAGGUUCUCGAGUUUCACUUCCCUACAACGGGGUAUCGCUCUACUGUUAGCAUGGGUCAAGAGAUUCAAAGCCCGUCGAAACAACUCACCUGAGCAAGCAACCAAUCACGGAGAGGCAGUUCGUUCUACUGUACAGGAUAUGAAUGAGGCCGCCACCACUAUAGUAAGAGAGGCUCAGAGGGAAGYCGGUCUGAAGACAGGAGGAUCGAAACAGACAACUGGCAAAACGAGCAGAACAGACAUCGACAGCUUGGAUCCAUUCUUGGAUAACGAAGGAAUAGUGCGRGUUGGAGGUAGACUCACAAGAUCUUCUUUGAGCACUCUCGAGAAACACCCAGCAAUUCUCCCAAAAGGUCACUACGUGUCAACCCUUAUCAUUCAGCAUUUUCACAAGAAGACACAUCACCAAGGUCGACAACUGACACACGCAGCAGUACGACAAGGGGKAUACUGGGUCGUUGGAGGCCAUCGUCUCGUUUCCUCGAUCCUUCACCAUUGUGUAACUUGCAGAAAAUCACGUGGUUCCCAUCUCUGCCAGCGCAUGUCCGAUCUUCCUGUUGACAGAAUGGAGGACGCACCCCCCUUUACGAACGUAGGACUGGACGUGUUUGGCCCUUGGAGUGUAACAACAAGACGAACAAGAGGAGGAGCGGCAAACUCMAAACGUUGGGGUCUCUUGUUCACCUGCCUYGGCAGCAGAGCAAUYCAUAUCGAGGUGCUGGAGUCCAUGGAUGCAAGCGCAUUCAUAUGCGCACUUAGAAGAUUUUCUGCUAUACGAGGUCCAGUCUCGAYGAUCAGAUGCGAUCGCGGCACAAAUUUCGUCGGAGGGAGCUCGGAACUGGAUCCCAAAGGGUCUGAGAAGAUAGAGGAGUUUAUGAAGAAACAAGGAUGCGUGUGGAAGUUCAACCCGCCCCACGCCUCACACUUUGGCGGUGUCUGGGAACGCCAGAUUGGCACGGUCCGACGGGUGCUUGACGCUAUGUUCGCAGAGCUUGGUUAUCAACARCUWACUCAUGAGUUACUAACCACAUUGAUGUCCGAAGUCAUGGCUAUCGUCAACGCCAGACCUAUUACAGCGAUACCUACCGACGCCGAUGAACCUCAACCAUUGUCGCCGCAAGCAAUCUUGACGUUGAAGACACGCCCACUUGGCCCACMWUCCGGCGAAUUCAUACCACCAGAUCUCUACGCAAGACGACGUUGGAGGCGAGUUCAAUACCUYGCCGAUCAGUUCUGGGUGCGCUGGAGGAAAGAGUACCUACAGAGUCUUCAGCUACRAAGCAAGUGGAAGCGUCAAGCUAGAAAUCUGAAGAAUGGAGACUUGGUGCUACUCAAGGCAGAAGGCCACCGCAACAACUGGCCAAUGGGAGUCGUCACGGAAGCGAUUCAGAGCGAAGACAAACUUGUUAGGAAGGCAAGAGUCAAYGUAGUAAGAGACGGCRAGAGCAAGAGCAUCUAUCGUCCUAUCAAAGAACUGGUACUCCUCUUACCAGUAGAGGAGCAGGAACAGCAACAAACAAGAUCGGAACCACAAGCCGCCUAUGCUGUAUUCCGUCGUGGUAUUAGACAUAAGGUGACCUAUUAUAUUAGAACAAUACUUAACAUUAAGCAACAUCUCUUGAAACUAGACGAAGAAGUAGAUAACAAGUUUAUUCCAGCAAUCACAGAAGGCCAUAUCUGCACCUCUGAUGAAAGACUUCUGCUGUCUUUACCAGUGAAGAAACGAGGACUAGCAAUACCCAUCUUUACGAAUAUUGCUGACUUUGAGUAUGCAAACUCUGGUUUAGUAACGGCUCAACUUGUCACAAAUAUCAGGAAUCAAGACAAUUCAGCACCGUUGGACACAGAACGGCUUAAGACUGCGACAAAGAACGCAAUCAAGGAGAGAGAUGAACAGCAUAACACCAAACCAUACAACAAAUUCGCGAGAAGAUGA